GUUGGCGGCUGAAAAGCGCCAAAUCAAAACUAGUGACAGAAAAAAAACAAAAACAGCUGCUGCUCCUUCUCGCACAUUUGUGCUUUAACGCGGCGCAGUUUUCUGCCUCAGUGACGCAUUAAAACAUUCAAAGAAGACGAAGAACAAGAAGUGAUUUAAGAUGGAGGAGCUUUUCAGUAAAGUGUUACAGGUGAACGUGAGGUGCAGAGAGUGCGAGGAAAGAAAAGCAAAUAUUCGUAUUAAGAUCGAGCUCCAGUUGACGACAAGUCCAGUUCACAAAAGGGAUCUUCUUGUGAGACUAUCGGAUGAUCUAGAUCCAUAUUUUCUCUUCAACCUCUCCAUAUCAGAAGAAGAUUUCCAAAGCCUAAAAGUCCAGCAGGGGCUGCUGGUCGACUUUGCUUCAUUUCCUCAGAAGUUCAUCGACCUGCUUAAUCUGUGUUAUUCUGAGCAAGAGUCAGUUAAUCCAAGGUUUCUGCUGCACUUGUCGUGUCCGUCUCCGGUGCUCGAAGGCCCUGCAAACUUCUGUGUCGUGGAGACAAACGCCUUCAAACACCUGAACCACUUGUCUUUACGGCUCGUCCAAGGCUCCGACAAGGAGAUUAAAGACUACCUGGCAGUUUGUCUCUCGUCUCUCAAGGUGGAGAAACAGAACCUGGAGGCGAAACUAAAGAAAACUGAAGAAGAUCUGUCCAGGCAGCUGAGCUACACUCAACAGACUCUGUCCGAGAAGACAAAGGAUUUGGACAAAUUGCGUUCAGAGUGGACGUGUCAGAGCAGUUCUCUGUCCACUCGUCAUUCACAGGAGCUACAGUUGGAGAGAGAGAAGGCUGUCGAGUUGCAGAGCAGGCUUCAGCAGCAGAACGAGCAGCUCCGUCAGGACCUGGAGAAUUCUCAUCAGAAGAGCAGCCAACAGCUACACAGCAGGGUGACCGAGCUGGAGGCCUCCUGCCGAGAGCUGACAGAGAGGAAAUACAAGAACGAGUCCUCCAUCAGAGACCUGAAGAUUAAACUGGUGGGAGCAGAGGAGGAGAGUCAGCGCCUGAAGCAGCAGGUGUUGUCUCUGAGGAGGGAGAACAGCACUCUGGACACGGAGGUCCAUGAGAAGGAGCGCCUGGUGAACCAGCUGCAGAUGAGAGUGGCUGUUCUCGAGCAGGAGUGCAAAGACAAGGAUCAGCUGAUGCGUCGCACAAAGGAGGUGCUGGAGGCCACUCAGCAGCAGAAGGAAUCUGUGGAAGAAAACGCUGGAAGUAGAGAACUUCAGAAUCGAAAACUUGAAACGACGGUGAAAUCACUGUCGGAGGAGCUAAUCAAGGCUAACGGUAUCAUCAAGAAGCUGCAGGGCGAAGUCAGAGGCCUCGUAGGAAAGAUAAAAGUCAAAAACACUGUGACUGUGUCGCAGGAGAAGGUUCUACAGGAAACGUCAGAGAAACUCAAGACUGCAGAGAAGGAGCUGCAGAGCGCUCAGCAACAGAACGUCACCAAAGACGAGCAGGUUUCAAAAUUGAAGGAGCAGCUGGAUGUGACCGUCCAGAAGCUGAAUGAAAGCAAAGAAGUGUUGAAAACUAAUGAGAACGUUAUCACCUGGCUCAACAAGCAGCUCAAUGAAAAGCAGCUGUUCAGAAAUCCACAGACUCCGGACGCGUUACACAAACCUCCAGUUUUAUCGUCAACAGCCACACUGAGGGCCCAGUUUUAUCCUCAGUCAGGUAAACCAGCUGUCUCUCCUGUGGUGACCGCAGAUGUUACUCCUGCUGAACAGAAAGUGGCUCAGUCGGCCUUCAGACACACUGGUGACGGCACGAGUCUGGAUCCUAAGUACUUUGAGAGGAGAGACGACAGCAUCCCGAUCUACAGCCUGCCGUCGAACCUGCUUCACAAAGAGUUCCCUCAGAGAACAAAGCCCGCUGCACCUUCCGCUUACUUCUCCGCAUGACCCGACCUCUCUUUGGCUUUAGCUCCCUCCACAGAAAUUACCACCGCUGUGCUGUUUUAAUUUAUGCCCUUAUGGUCUGUCUUCUCAUGUGUGGGUAAAGUAAAUGCUGUUGCAUGUGGAUAUGGAGAAUGUAUUAAUGUAUUUAACUGUCUUCUGUCUGCCAUCUCUUUAGAGUUUUUAUUCUUUUUCGUUGUAUAAUAAAGUGUAAAACAGA